AUGUUCGCGACAGAUCCUGGGAGUGAUGGACCCGGGAUCAAAACCAAAGUCAUUCAAUUCGCUGAUGCCGCAGGCUCCCUUCUGGAACUGUUCCAGGACUCGACCAGGUUGGACCCAUCUCAGUCACUGUUAAGCAAAACAUCCCAUCAUCUCUUGCACGACUUGACCUCGACUCUUCUCUUGCAGGGAGACGUCUUCAGUCUCACUAUGGGAACGACGCAUAUCAAUGCAUGCGUUCUCAGCACACAAGUUGGCAGAUUGUCGAAUGUUGUUGAGAAAGCGCUAGUUGACAGAACGCCCGGAGAAAGGGUUCUCUUCUGUCUCUACAGUGACGAGCGCGGGCGACAGUUAAAGGGCGAGCAUUCACGGCUAUGGCCGUGGAACUCGAAUCCGCCGAUGCUCUCGUCAUCAAGCCGGUGCUUUGCAUCACUAUCACCUUCAUCUCGGUUAUCCCGAAGUUCUUUAGCGUUCUCAAAGCCAAACCAUCCGAUCCCCUUUGUAUACAGCGUGCACUGCCCCAUAAAAGACAGAGUUAAGACUUAUCUCUCAUCUUCUGCAAUCCGGCAUCGUUGGGUGCUGCUCGAGACUUCGUGA